UUGAGGAGUUAAGCCAGUGAAAACUGGAGGGUGGGGUUGACUGCAGUGAUUGACAAUCAUGCCAUAUAAAUGGAGAAGGGAGCAGUUUAAUAGGGACUUCUUGCAUUUGUAGAGCUGGUGAAGGAAGUUUUGUAGUGACACAGACAGCAGUUGAUUUGCUUUCAGAUCUGCUCCUAAUCUAACCAUGACUGCUCUGGAAAUGUGUAUCACUACAUUGCUUGGUAUCUUCGAAAAGUAUGCUGGAAAAGAUGGUGACCCAAAUACACUGAGUAACCAUGAAGUGAAAGACCUUCUGAAGGCUGAACUUCCAGGUCUCCUGAAGGACCAGAGUGGCAAAGAGGGCGUGGACAAGAUUAUGAAGAACUUGGACAGUGAUGGUGAUGGGCUGAUGAAUUUUCAGGAGUUUGCAGUGUUGGUGAUUUCAAUCAGUGUUUGCUGCCAUAAUUCUCUUAAAGAACUGUCAAAGAAAAAAUGAAAGGCCUGACAACCAAAAAUUUGUAGCCUGCAGCUCUAUUCUCAAGGAAAUGUUUAAGUUCUUAACUUUGUAUUUUGCUGCACUUAAAUAAAGUAUCUCCUGAAGUGUG